AGCUCCCCGCGGUCCCACAGCAUCCUCUGGCCGACGUCUUGAAGGCUCCGGCUUGGGCGGACGGAGCCUCGUGCGCAGGCGCGGAGUUAGACCUCGCCGUAGCCCCCAUCGCCUCGGGGAGUCUCAGCCACAGUGGGUCCGCUGGCCCAUAGGGGCGCUUUCCCUCCUUUACCCUCCCGGGUUCCCCGCGCGCCCUACGCGCCCCAAUGGCGGAGCUGCGGCCUAGCGUCGCCCCCGGUCCCGCCGCGCCCCCGGCCUCUGGCCCUAGUGCCCCUCCGGCCUUUGCUUCACUCUUUCCCCCGGGACUGCACGCCAUCUACGGAGAGUGUCGCCGCCUCUACCCUGACCAGCCGAACCCGCUCCAGGUUACCGCUAUCGUCAAGUACUGGUUGGGUGGUCCGGACCCCUUGGAUUAUGUUAGCAUGUACAGGAAUAUGGGGAGUCCUUCUGCCAACAUCCCCGAGCACUGGCACUACAUCAGCUUUGGCCUGAGCGACCUCUAUGGUGACAACAGAGUCCACGAGUUUACAGGAACAGACGGACCAAGUGGAUUUGGCUUUGAAUUGACAUUUCGUCUGAAGAGAGAAACUGGGGAGUCCGCCCCACCAACAUGGCCAGCAGAGCUGAUGCAGGGCCUAGCCCGAUAUGUCUUCCAGUCAGAGAACACCUUCUGUAGCGGGGACCACGUGUCUUGGCACAGCCCUUUGGAUAACAGUGAGUCAAGAAUUCAGCACAUGCUGCUGACAGAGGACCCACAGAUGCUGCCUGUGCGGACACCCUUUGGGGUGGUUACUUUCCUCCAGAUUGUUGGCGUCUGCACUGAAGAGUUACACUCGGCUCAACAGUGGAAUGGGCAGGGCGUCCUGGAACUGCUGCGGACAGUGCCCAUUGCUGGCGGUCCCUGGCUGAUAACUGACAUGCGGAGGGGAGAAACCAUAUUUGAGAUGGAUCCACACCUGCAACAGGAGAGAGUUGACAAAGGCAUCGAGACAGACGGUUCUAACCUGAGCGGUGUCAGUGCCAAGUGUGCCUGGGAUGACCUCAGCCGGCCUCCGGAGGACGAUGAGGAUAGCCGGAGCAUCUGCCUCAGCACACAGCCCCGGAGGCUGUCUGGCAAAGACACAGAGCAGAUCCGGGAGACCCUGAGGAGAGGGCUGGAGAUUAACAGCAAACCUGUUCUUCCACCAAUCAAUUCCCAGCGACAGAACGGCCUCACCCAGGACCGGGCUCCGAGCCGCAAGGACAGCUUGGGCAGCGACAGCUCCUCAGCCGUUAUCCCCCACGAGCUGAUCCGCACCCGGCAGCUGGAGAGCGUGCAUCUAAAAUUUAACCAGGAGUCAGGAGCCCUCAUCCCUCUCUGCCUGAGGGGCAGACUCCUGCAUGGCCGGCACUUCACCUACAAGAGUAUCACAGGGGACAUGGCCAUCACAUUUGUGUCUACGGGAGUGGAAGGUGCCUUUGCCACUGAGGAGCACCCGUACGCAGCUCACGGACCCUGGUUACAAAUUCUGUUGACAGAAGAGUUUGUAGAAAAAAUGUUGGAGGACUUAGAAGAUCUAACUUCUCCAGAGGAAUUUAAACUUCCCAAAGAGUACAGCUGGCCUGAGAAGAAACUCAAGGUGUCGAUCCUCCCCGACGUGGUGUUCGACAGCCCCCUGCACUAGCCUGGGCUCCGCCCUGCCGGGCUGCUCCGAGAAACUUCCAGUGUGACAGCCUGUAACGGAGAUACCCAUGAAUAAAAGGGCAAGUGUGGGGAUGACUGCAAAGUGCCACGCCCAUCGAGGCCCCGCCUACCUCAGGCCCAGGGUCCUCACCCUAGCAGCCAAGCCCAUGUGACCAGGCCCCUGUCCAACAUGCCAAUGAGCGGGUAAGGGUGCACCUGCAAACCCUCCUCACCCACCUGCUGCUGCCCCAGGUUUCACUGAUGAGCUCCUGGGGUAGGACAUCCUGCCAUACAGCCUGCUAUGCAGAACAUACAUGAGGACACACUGCCUGUCAGCCCCAGCGAGCAUUUCCUCAGUCAGGAUGCUCCACCUGCGGAAUGAUUGUUUUUUUUCUUGUGAAAACCGAUGGUAUUUUUAUUGCUCAGCAAAAAUGGUUCGGAAGCCAUGUAUAUAGUGAUCUUUAAACAGGACUUAUUCCUAGAUGAACUUUACUGUCCUUUUAGACAAGGGUCUGGGGGCCCUGCUCCCCCGCCCCCGAUC